AUGAGUGAAGAUACGGGCAAGUCACCCGUUGAACAGCCUGUCUCCUCGUCAACGCCGAAUUCCGAGAUCAAAGUUUUCUAUUACAUCGAUGAUCAAGAUCCACCCUAUCUCACCAAAUUGAGUGUCACUGGCACACCAUGUUUGAGAGAUUUCAAAAAUGCCCUCGACCGGAAUUGUUCGAAAUAUAAAUUUUUCUUUGCAACAAAUGAUCCAUCGAUUGGAAAAGUCAAAGAAGAAAUUGUUAAUGACGAUCAGGUUCUUCCAUUCGAUACAACAGAUCGUGUCCUUGCUUAUUUGGUAUCCAUCGAAGGUAGUACAACAUCAAGUGGUGGUGGCGGCAGUGGAAGUAAACAAACGAAACAUCCUCAUCAUUUUCGUGAUGAUACUAUGUUAACAUCGACAACAAAUAGUUCCUUCAAUAUUCAACAACCACGUUUGCAACGCAUGAGUCGACGCUAUGCAUCGGCAAAUAGCGCUGACUACCAGAAAUACUUCGGGAAACCGCGAGCGGCUAAUGAUGCCUCUUCGUUUCCAAGUAGUGAUUUGGAGUCAACAACAUUUCUCGAUGAAACUGAAGAUGACAGAUAUUCUACGGUCACAGAUUCAACAACUAUAUCUUCGCGGUAUCAUGGUCGGAAUCGACCUCGACGCAGAAAACACCGCUUACCAUCGGGACUCGAUCGAGCAUCAUCAUUCAGUAGUUUGAAUUCUGAUUCAACAAUGACAUUAAAUAUUAUUACGGUUACUCUUAACUUAGAUGCAGUCAAUUUUUUGGGUAUUAGCAUUGUUGGUCAAAGCGAUAAGACAGGAUCCAGCGAUGGAGGAAUAUACGUUGGCUCAAUUAUGAAAGGUGGUGCCGUUGCUCAAGAUGGUCGAAUUGAACCAGGUGAUAUGAUUCUUCAAGUCAAUGAUAUUAGUUUUGAAGGUUUAUCCAACGAUGAUGCAGUCAAAAUCUUACGUGAAACUGUUCAAAAGCCUGGACCGAUUAAAUUAGUGGUAGCGAAAUGCUGGGAUCCGACACCUCGAGGUUACUUCACUUUACCUCGUCAUGAACAAGCACGUCCUGUCGAUCCUCUCUCAUGGCUUGCUCAUACCCAAGCAGUGCAAAAUACCUAUAACAAUCCUCAACAACAGGUUUUACUUCAUCAUCGCCAAUCAGUUCUUAAUUCGACAACAAAUAUGAGUUCAACAAUCUCAAGUACAAAUAACACAAUGAUCGAUAACGAACGUUUUGGUCUCGAUCUAAAUUUGACAAUCAAUUCAGAUAUGGAUACGAUUGUACGAGCUAUGGCAGAGCCUGAUUCGGGUUUAGAUAUACGUGAUAGAAUAUGGCUUAAGAUGCCUAUACCGAAAUCAUUUCUUGGUUCUGAUUUGGUUAAUUGGUUAUUUGAAAACGUCGAUGGAUUUGUUAAUCGAAACGAUGCAAGAAAAUACGCAUCGUCCAUGCUCAAAGCGGGUUAUAUUAGACAUACGGUUCAUAAAUUAACCUUUUCUGAACAGUGUUAUUAUGUUUUUGGCGAUAUUUAUUCACAAGGUCUCUCGCAAUUAACACUUGAUGAAGAACCGGAAGAUUAUGAAUCUGUUUCCGAUCAUACAAAUACUACCGAUCGUCGUAGUGGUGAUUCCUUAUUAACAACAACAACCUCGCGACAAAAUACGGUUACAACAUUCGGCUUCGUCGACAAAAACAACGCUCCAUUGCAAUCACCAACUCAAUCAUUUCUAACUGAUACGCAUCACUCAGGUACACUAGGCACAAAAUCGUGUUCGACAUCAACGAGUAGUGGUAGUGAAACACGUCAUUUAGUUGAUGUUCCCAACAAAUUACGUUCAAGCAAAGAAUCGUUUCAACGUGCGAUGACCAAUCCAUUACCUCGAGAAUUCUUUGUUGAUGUUAUGUAA